CUGGCCGCGCUGCUCGUCGGUCGGCUGCUAACCGGGCUGGCGGCCGGCUGCGCCACACUCGUCGCGUCGCCCUACACGGCCGAGGUGGCCGAGGCGCGCGUGCGCGGCCCAAUGGGCGCGAUGAUCGGACUGCAGCUGGCACUCGGCAUCCUGGUGUCGUACACGGCCGGCAAGUACGUCGCCUGGCGGUGGCUGGCGGUGGCAUCGGGCGCCGUUUCGGUCGCCUGGCUGCUCAUGGUGGUCGCCAUCUGCGAGUCGCCACUGUGGCUGCUGCAGCGCAGCCAGCAGAGUCAGGCUCGAACCACGCUCGGCUGGCUGCGCGGCGGCCGCAGCGACGCCGACGUCCCGCUGGCCGCCGUCCUGCUGACGCUCAGCCUGCAGCAGGCGUGCGGCAUCAACGCCGUCACCUCCUACGCCACAGAAAUCUUCCAGGAGUCUGGCAGCAGCGUCGAGUCGAACACGGCCGCGAUCCUGGUGGGGCUGACGCAGGUGAUCUGCACGGUGGCCGGUGUGGCGGCCGUGCACCGCUUCGACCGGCGGUCGCUGUUGCUGACCUCGGCCGUGCUGAUGGCGCUGUCGCUGCUCGCGCUCGGCGCCUAUUUUCAGCUGCAGGCGAGUCGGCCGGACGUGUCGGCUAUCGGCUGGCUGCCACUUGCCUCCAUUGUCGCCUUCAUCAUCGCCUUUUCCAUCGGGCUCGGAUCCAUCCCGUACCUGCUCAUGGGUGAGGUGUUCUCGGCGGAGAUUCGGGAUGCGGCCAGCGGCGUAGCCGUCUUCUGUAACUGGACCUGCGCCGUGCUCGUAACGCUGACGUUCGCACCGCUCGAACACGCCAUCACGACCGCCGGCGUGUUCUGGAUGUACGCCAUCAUCUGCCUGUUUGGCGCGGUCGCCAUGCACUUCGUCGUGAUCGAGACGCGCGGCAGGACGUUGGAUGAGAUCCAACAGCAGAUGCUCGGUUGACACACUGUCAGCCAGCAACCUAGCACACCGGAGCUAGCGGCACUGAGCCGGCCAGUUUGGCGUGGUACAGGUCAGCGACCCCUUCAGGUCAGAGGCACUCUCAGGUGAUGCGGCGACGAAUCAAGAGUCUCGACGGGCAGCGACAUCCCUGGGCAGAUCAAGCCGCUGCCGAUGGCCACAGAGUGCCUCUCAGCCGUAAUGUUCUGGGCGGGCUAGCUCGAACACCACGUGAUCAGUCACAUUCACACGAAUCGCGGGAGCAUUCAAAACUGCUGGUGCUCCGAGAAGGUGUUCAGAGUGAUGGUGCCCUGAGAAGGCGUCCAAAACUGAUGGUACUCUGAGAAGGUGCCGCUCACUGUAUUCACAGCGGAAGUACAGUAAAGUGCUGUCGCGAGACCUGUGACUUGCGCGCCGAGAAUGUUGAUGUGAUUGUGUGAUGUGCCUGCAUAGCGGUUGGCCCGAUUCAUCCACUAGGUUCUCUAACGGUCGUUCUGGUAAAACGCGAGCUUUCUACUGCUGG